AUGAUACCAUCUUCAAUUAGUUUUUUAAAAUUAAAUAAUGAUAAAACAAAAUUAGGUGUUUGUAAAAGUAAUCUUACAAAUUCUGUAUGGAAUGGUUCAGUAGAAUUUUUUGAUAUAAAUAAUAAUAUUAUCAAUAAUAAUAAUAAUAAUAAUAAUAAUAAUAAAAAAUUUAAUGAAAUACCAAAUAAAUCAAUACCAUUUUAUUCUGGUACGACAUGUUUAGAAUGGAUUGAUAAUGAAAAAUGUUUAGUUUCAGGUGAUGAUUCAAAUAUUUAUUUAUUAAAUAGUUGUUUAAAAGAAAAUGAUAAUGAAGAUAAACCAUCAAAAAAGAAUAUAUUAAAAGAUGAUGAUAUUUUAUUUGAAAAAGUUCAUAAUAACUCUAUAAUUUCUCAUUUAAAUUUAAAUUUAAAUACAAAACAAUUAUUAUCAUCUGGUUGGGAUAAAUUAAUUAAACAAUGGGAUAUUAAUACAAAUUCUUUAAUUUCUGAAUUUUCAUUACAUUAUAAAAAAAUUAAUCAAACGAUUUGGUCAGAAUUUAAUGAUUUUUUAUUUUUAUCAGCAUCAGAUAAUGGUAUUGUAAUUUGGGAUUCAAGAAUUAAUAUUAGUAAUAUUGGUAAUAAUGGUGGUAAUAAAAAUAAAAGUAUAUUUUUAAAUGAAACAAAUGGUAUACCAGUAAAUUCAAUUUGUUGGAGUAAAGAAAAUGAUUAUUUAUUUUAUGCAGGUUUAAAAAAUGGUACAAUUAAACAAUUUGAUAUUAGAGUUUUAACACCACCACCAACAACCAAUUCAAUCGAUAAUUCAAAUGAUAAUGAUAAUAAUAAAAAUUGGAAAUUACAUGAAUUAGGUAUUAAUCAAUUAUCGUUUAAUGAAAAUAAUUUUAAUGAAUUAAUUUCAAUAUCGGAUGAUUCAUAUUUAAAAAUUUUUAAUAUUAAAACUCAAGAAAUUAUUUUUAAAUAUAAAUCUUUAGAUUUUAUAAAAUCAUUUGAUUUAUUAUUAAAUAAUAAUAAUAAUAAUAAUAAUUUAAUAAUUGGUUCAAUUGAUAAUAAUUUAAAUAUUUUAAAUUUUUAA